UCAUGAUGUACUACUAAGGCACUGAAAUCUCCCACUGAGAUUAUACAUUACCCGAGAGAUAAUCAUGCAAAGGAAUUGAGUAGAACAUACUAUAAAUUGUCAAAAUAUUCCAAAUUCCAUUAUCGAGUAAACGUGACGUUUGUGUAAAAGCGUAAGAGAUUGAAAGAAGCUCCAUCGCCAUGUCCGUCAUAGCGUAUAGAAAUCUACUCUCUGAAAUAAGUCGGCAACUCGAUCACCAUGACUAUGGACUGAUGAUCGAAAUGUGCGAAUUAGAGGACGAAGUUAGUGACAUACGAGACGCUCGUUCGUUUAUAAGGAAGCUCGAAGAAAAGAGGCAUGACAGUUGAUCGACUGGGAGAUUUGGAGGAAGUUUUAGAGAGCCUCGAGGAGUUGUCUCUCCUAGGAAAACUUAAAAAGUUCGAGGACAAAGGGAAAGAAUGCAAGAGUUUACUUCUUCUGAUCAGUCGUGCUCUCGAUUGCGACGAACGUCAUCUAGAACGACUCAUCGAUAUCUGCCGAAGAAAGACUUCCGUAUAUUUUGGAGGUAACAUUGUCAACGUUGGAGCGUUAUUUAAAGAACUUGAAAGCCGCAGAUUUUUGGGAUUUCGUCAUCACGACAUUCUGAAAGAGAUUUUGACAGAGAUUGAAAGAGAGGACCUACUAGCAGAGAUUGAGGAUUUUGAGAAGCGGAGAAACAAGACGGAUGCGUUUGAAAGAAAUAAAGCACAAGUUGUUGCCUUGGCAAAAGGUGUUGGUGGAAGAUUGAUGGGAGUCCUGAACAUAAAGACGGCUUGUAAGGUGGCUAGAAUGGGCUUGAUGUUAUUUACUCUCCGUGAGCUCUUAAAUCGAUGUACAACAUAUGAUCAGUUAUUCAACUUCUUUGAAGACUGUGUACUUCCUGCCGAUACACAACUAAUUGACGUCAGGGAAGGAUGCGUAUGCUUCACAGUUCAGGCCGUUAAUAGAAAGGGGCUCACUACCUUGUGGCAAAUGUACCGAGAUGGCACCCUUAAAUCCCGUCUGUAUAAUCUUUUGGUGACCGAUGAGAUGAAAAACUUUGCUGGUGGUGAAGAGAACGUUGAGCUGGAUGUAACGAUCGAUGAAAAGGAAUACGAGGAAGCUCUCAUUGAGCUAAUCAAUGCGACAGAAGGUGAUGGGUGGACUCCUCAAGUAAUAGGUCGAAGACUUUCUGACUCAGUGUUGUCCGUAGGACCGAAAGAAGGUGACGCGUCUCUGACGAGGCUCACGCAACUAGAACACACGGUGAGAGUUUUGGAAGAAAGGAUAGAAAUUCUAGAGAGGGAGUCAAGACCUCCCGAUGAAUUUUGGGAGACAGCGAGCCCCAUGGAUGAAAUACCGGAUGAGCAAGCUCAGUAUGUCAAUUACCAGCGUCUUGGAAUCAAGCAUUUAAGUGAAGAUAAGUGGGAAUACAUUAAGGCAUAUGUUGACCACAUAGAGGUGGAGACAGAGAGUUUAAUAACUGAUACCAGUGAUAGCGGUAUGGGUACACAAGGAACACCAUCUGAACGUGGAUUGGAUACAGAGAAAAGUGAAACUCAGUCCGUUACGUAUGAAGUCUGGAAUUCAUUACACUCAGCUGCAAAGACGGGUGAUAUCACCGUCAUUGAAGCGAUUCUGUCUCGUGGUCAAGACAUCAAUUUUAAAGAUAACGAUGGAAUCACUCCUUUGGCACUUGCUGCUGCUUGUGGCAGAAGUGAAGCCGUUAACUAUCUACUACGCAAGGGAGCAGAUCCUUUCGAGAGAUGCUGGUUUGGGAGAAAUUCACUGCAUGCUGCUUCAGAGGCUGGCAAUGUCGCAAACAUUCAGACUUUGCUAUCACGGGGUUUAGAGGUCAAUUCAAGAGAUCAUGAAGGAAACACGCCGUUGACAACUGCUGUUCAAUUUAACAGGAGUGAAGCCAUCACCUAUCUUUUAGAGAAGGGAGCAGAUACCUCUACAAGAGACAGCCAUGGAAGAAAUGCUCUGCUCAUAGCUUCACGCAGUGGUAAUGUCGCCAUCAUUGAAAUCGUGCUGUCAAGUGGUCUUGACAUCAAUUCAAAAAUUGGUAAGCAUGAUGAGACAUCGUUGGCAGUUGCGGCCCUAUCUGGCAAGAGUGAAGGCGUCCACUAUCUUCUAGAAAAGGGAGCUGAUCCAUCUAUUAAAAACUUGCUGGGAGCAAGUACACUGCACUCAGCUAUACUGGGCGGUAAUGUCGUCAUCAUCAAAAAAAUACUGUCACGUUUUAGUAUUUAUUUAAUCGCUUUCACCAUACUUACAAUACUAAAAGGACUAAAAUAUACAUAUGAACAAGACACAGAAGAGAACGGAGGACAAGGGUGCGGGACACACAACAGAGCGAGGCUCCAAAUUAAGUGUGCCCUUACGAGAAAUACACAGAUACUAACUAUGAAAGGCGCUAGUAGAGUCAAUUCCAAAGAUAACUAUGGUGAGACACCGUUGAUGUUAGCCGCUCGUUGUGGUAACCUUGAAGCCGUCCAUUCUCUUUUAGAGAGGGGAGCAGAUAGCACUUUGAAAAGCCGCCUUAGAAGAAAUGCCGUACAUUCAGCUGCAAAGGGUGGUGGUGUCGCUGUGAUUCAGAUGAUUCUGUCACGAGGUCUCAAAAUCAAUUCGAAAGAUCGAGACGGUGAUACACCUUUGAUGGUCGCUGCAGAAUGCGGCAAGAUUGAAGCCGUACAUUAUCCUCUAGAGAAAAGAGCUGCUCGCUUUAUAGCAGGCUACAGACAAAGAAAUUUGCUACACGCGGCUGCAAAGGGUGCUAAUGUCGCCAUCAUCGAAGCAAUGUCAUGCUUUUUUCAUAUCAAUUCAGAGGAUAUAUUUAGUGAGACACCCUUGAUGAUCGCUGCUUCAUAUGGAGGGACUGAGGCCGUUCAAUGUCUCCUAGAAAAGGGAGCUGAUCCAACUUUGAAAGGCUGGUGUGGAAGAAGUGCACUACACUUUGCUGUGUAUUGUCACGGUAACGUUGCGAUUAUCGAUAUGCUGUUGUCUCAUGGUCUGGAUAUCAAUUCAAAAGAUAGCCAUGGGAACACACCCAUAAUGAUCGCAAAGAAAGCAGGAAAAACUGAUAUCACAAAUUUUUUACUCAGCAAGGGAGCAUAUUAGCCUUUUAUAAACUUGAAAGCCUGGAAAAUUUCUUACUUUAUACUUCCUAGAACCAGUCAUUUAUAAUAACUGAAUGAACUUUUACAAAAGAUUAACAUCAGAAUAACUAUAAAUUUCAUUGGCAUAGUAAUUUUGGUACCAUGUAAUGAACUGGUUACUUCAAUUGAAGAAAUGGAAACUAUGU